AAUCAAUCGUGCAUGCAGUGUUUAUAAUGCUGCUAUGACGACCACGUCUAUCUAGGUUAUGUCACGGCUUGGUAUAGUUUUAAAUUUAGUUAGUGCCUUGUAUAUGUGUCACGAUGGUGGCUGUAUUUCUGUGGCUGCUCGCGUUCUGCCUGAGAACAGUUACUGCAACAACUUGUCAGGACUGGGACGAGAAUACGCUAAGGGCAAGUGCCGAUUAUCAUCUGAAAACGAUCAAAGACAAAGAGAUGGCAAAUCCCUUGUCAUCAAGCUUAAGCCGUAGCGGACUGAUGUGCGCGGCAGCAUGCGUGAAAGACCCUGACUGCUUCUCCGUCAACUACAGACAAGAGACCAAAGAGUGCAAGAAGCUCGCUGAAGACUGGUACAGAGCCACACCUAAAUUGGUCGACUCCAUUGGUUGGGACUUUGUCUAUCUGGUAGAUAAAGGUGCACCACUGGGCAUGAUUGACAAAACCAUACCAAAUAGUGCCAUAACCGGGGACAUUUGGCCGGAUACAAACACGGCACCAUACAAGGCCCGCCUUGACGCACAAAGCUCAUGGCAACCAGGUCUUGGAUAUAACAUGCACAUAGACCUAGGGACGGAGACACAGUUAGUUAGAAUAACCACACAGGGAUGCGAAUGUGUAUACAAGAAAUGGGUCGUGAAAUACAUACUGGCAUUCUCACUUGACAACAUCACCUGGACUGAAUCAAUGAAAACCAAUCAAACUUGCUGACAGGAAACACAGAUUUCUAUACGCAUGUUCAUCAGCAGCUGAACUUCACUGCCAGAUAUCUACGCAUCACCGUGAAAACCAUCUAUUCGGAGAUAAGUUCUGUUUACACGGGUGGCUUCCGCAUGGAGGUGUAUGGAUGUAGACAAGAAUAGCACCAAGACGAAAAGUCGCAUACACCUGUAGCUGUGCAGUGGCUUUGUUCCUGUUGUAGGGACUAAUAAUACUAUGACGAAUACUAUAUCCAAGUGCAUGUCUAAUGCUAUAAAAUAACCGUAAACUAAUUUGAGUAAUCACACGAGCCAUAGUGAAAGCUUUAAGAACGCUUCAUUGGGGGAGGCUACUUGAUCAGACUAUAUAUAUAUAGUAUAAGUAUAUCAGAAUUUAUUCACUGGCAGCGAGCGUGUGUUAUAUAUAUAUAUGUGUGUAUGUGCUGUAGCGUGAGCGAGGUGGGGGUUAGGGGGCGGAUUUGAAUUUCGCUUUCCAGUGGAAGCACAGUUACCGAUCAUUUAUAAUAAUUUUUUUGAGAAGGCUGAGUCGGUUCUCUUUAUGGCGUAGUUGAAGAUUCGGCCAUUAUAUGAUAGUAACACUGCAUGCAGUUACGCAGUUUUUAUCAUGUUUUAAUCACUAUCUAUUUACUCUUGUUUGAUAUCGGUGCAAAAGCUCUUAGCUUAUGUUAAUAAUGUUCAUUAUAUACCUAUGAAAAUAAAUUUUACUUGAACUUGAACUUGAACUUGAACUUGAUGUUCAGUCAAAAUGCGGAAUUGGCUUAAUUAAAGUUUUGUUCACAUACAAAGAAAAAUAGUUUUAAUCGACUAUCAUUGCAUGCAUCUGACACAAUUGAUAUUAAAGCUUACAGUUUAUUUAUGCUGUGACAGGCUGGCUCCCUGUUAACAUCACUUUGGAUGAAUAAUAUAAGAAAACCAUGCAGUAACAGUUGGUGACUUAAUAAUAUUCAAACUUCAGUCUUCAUUUCAUCACAACUUCAUUUCAGUCUUGUAUUUUCUCAUUGAAAGCAGAAUGUGAUAUAGAAAUUGCGAUUCGGAUAAACCGUAAUAUGUAAACCGUAUAAUGUUUGCCAAAGUUUCUGGUUGUUAACUUACUGGAGCACACUGAACUUUAUAUCAAGCUUUUCUCUGCAUGGUAAUGACGCACGCAUGUCAUACGAAUGUCAAAGAACGUAGUUUUAAAUUUAAUGUAUUUUUCAACCGUGUUAAACGUCUAUUCAUUUGUAUGAAUUUCAUUGUUAAAGAUAACUUUAAAAUUAACCUUAAAAUUAAACUUAAAGAUAAACACUUCUUUAAUUUAUUCGCCAUUUUGUUAACCCCUGUGUUUCAACAUGUACUCAACAUGAAUUCG